CUUUUAUGAAGCUUGACAGAAACUUUCAUUGUAUCAAAGAAAGCAGUGUAAAUAUUCUGCUAAACCUUUCCUAUUGUGUACAACAGAAGAAAUAAAGUCAUAUGGGAUUAGAACAACAUGAGGCUCUGCCGGUUCACAGCACCCGUGCCUCAUCUGGCCGUGUAUACAGGGAUUUGUGAAGCGCAGUCCACUGCCUCCCCCGGGCUCAUGACAUUGCCCAACAGUGCUGCCUGUCCGUCUCCCAUCAGCGUCGCCAUCGACAGCACUCCAGCCUCAGAGAGGAGGUUUGACGGCAACGGAGGGCCUUCCUCCUCCCAUUUCCCAUCUAUUGCAGAGGCCUCAGUAUCAGAAGAAGAGAACCAACCACCUGCCCCAAAGUCCCGUAUGGCUCUGUCACUGAGCAGACUCCUCCGCAGAGGAUGCAACGCCCCGUCUGUCUUUGCAAGCCUGUCCCCGAAAUGUGGUGUGGCUUCAGGAGGGGGCAAAGUACAGCCACUUGGAGUCGAGCCGCUUGCACAACCUCAGCCCAGAAGAAUUGCGAACUUUUUUCAAAUCAAAGUUGACAUCCCACCUGAAUGCCGCAUCUACCCGAUUGAUUCAGAAGAUGAGGAGGACGACAGUCCUGAUACAGCAAGAGCAGGUGUGAAAGAAAUCAUUUGUCCGUGGGAAACUGUCACCAAACAAGACGGAGCUGGAUAGAAGAGUCACAGACGAGUCAGUAGAGAGGAAGGAAAUACACUGAACCAACACUUGUGUCAUAAAUAUUUUUGUCUUACAACCCCGAGAAGGCUGUGCUAGUAAUGUAUGAAGUAACCUCAUCUCUAAUUGACCUGUCCGUUACUUUUGAUAGCUUUUAGGUAGUGCCUACAUGUUACUGUAGCCAACGAUUUGGUUAUAAUAUGUUUAAAUGUUGGUUUUAUAUACAUAAAUUCGUAUUCUGAUGUCACUGUUCUUUUAUGACUGAAGGGGCCUUAUUUUAAGAGAUUUUUGUUUUGUGUUUAACUAAGAGGGUUUGUUUAGUGGUGCGGACAGAAGAUUUUGUACUUGGCUUGUUCACUGUUUUAUAUAGCUGCAAAACAUACCUAAGUGUGAAUUGCUUUAAGAAAUGUUAUUUUCAUAGAAGUAAAUCUAGUAAGGCAGUAAAACGGAAUGUGGAUACACAUUUGCUGUCUGAAUGUAUAACCUUUAAAAUGUUUACAGUUCACUUCAGAAUGUGAAUUUGUUCAUGACUCAUGUUAAAUUGUGUAAGUGCCUCAAUAAAUCAU